AAGUCGGCGUCGCCAGCGCGCCAUCCCCGCCGCUGCCGCCGCCGCCAUGUCGCCGCUCGCCCGCUCGCUGCUCGCUCUCACCGCGCUUUUCGUCGCCGUUGACGCAAAUGCCUGGAAGCAAAUGUACGGACACGAACCGGGCUGUGCUGGAUUCAACAUGGCGGUAACGGGAACCAUCGAGCCCCAACAGAAAGUAAAUUUCGACAUAACAGUCCCUACUAGUGCAAGCAUUCACGAUAUCCCCGACCGUUGCUCCAAGAUCGGUGGCAUAGUUCAGUACCAGAAAGUGGAAGUGUGCAACGCUUACAGAGGUCUGACGUCAUCAGCAAGAAAAGCGCCUUCAGUCAAUUAUUUGAGAGAAGACAGCUUGUCACCAAUAUACGCGUCUUGCGAAGGCGCUGCCGAGUGCGGGCCUCUCGUGAUUCAUGUUGAACAGGCAUGCAACCCCGCGCCUCUUAUUGCACAUAUGUGAACAUAGCCAUACCCAUCCAUAGACUACUUCAACUAUGCUAGGCAGCACAUAAAUUAAUUGAGGCUAACACACAUAAGCGCUCCCGUAGAAUAUAUUAGUAUGGGACACGCACUCCCAUACUAAUAUUGUACGGGCGCUUAUACCCGUUGCGCCCACACGUCCAGGUCUUGUAUAAAUUAAAAACAUUUACAAAUAAUUAACUUUAGAGGUGUAGGUGGGCUACUAUUCUAUAAAAUGGCGUAGAAUACAUACAAUUCAAUAGUGCUGGGGGCCGAUUUUUGAAUUUUGACCGCUCGAGUUCGUGUUAUUCGUUCAAUAAUAUCUCCACUACUAGGCAUUCAAAUUCUACUAAUAGAAUUGAAAACGAGUGGUCAAUACCAUUAGAUUCCCAGUUUCUAUCGCUCGUAUUUCAAAAAUCAGCAUUUCGCCGUUUUACACCGAUUUUCGAGUGAUGAAAUCGAGCGGUAGAAAUUCAAAAAUCGCCCCCCUGCUCGAAUUGUAGCAUUUUACUAGUGAAAUUGCACCUAUGUGUGGACCUUUUUAAAUGCUUUAUAAUGCGGUGUCUGUGUAGUUUGUAGUCUGUGUACUAAUCCUAUUGUUUUAGGAGUUGAAAAUCUAUUUUUUGUGAAAGAUUUGAUGUUUUUUGAAAAUAAAUAAUGAUUUUUAGCAAUUUACGAAA